GUCUUCUCUUCCUAGCUUUCGGAAUCACGGAGAUGGACCCAAUCGAAGACUUUGACCUGGGGCCCAUGCCAAGCUCCCCCCUGAGCCAGGACACCUUCCAAACGCUGUGGAGCAGCAUCAUGGACGGAAAGGUGGAACCGUCCCUCUUGGAUCCGAACCCACCGUGUCCCAUGUCCUUUGAGGAAGGGACCAGCCCGCAGGUGGCAGAAGCGGACUACAACACCCUCGAACCCAUUUCAUCGGCGUUUGUCUCAGCACCCAUCAUUCCCUCCACCGAAGACUACGUUGGUGACCACGGCUUCGAGCUGGCCUUCGAGCAGUCGGGCACCGCCAAGUCCGUCACCUGCACCUAUUCGCCUAAAUUGAACAAGCUUUUCUGCCAGCUGGCCAAGACCUGCCCCGUCCACAUCAAAGUUUCCAACUUGCCCCCGUUCGGCGCUGUCAUCCGCGCCAUGGCCGUCUACAAGAAGUCCGAACACGUGGCCGAAGUGGUGAAACGGUGCCCCCACCACGAGCGCAACCAGGAUUACAACGACAGCAGCGCGCCACCGCAGCACCUCAUCAGGGUGGAGGCUAAUCAGCUGGCCCAAUAUAUUGACGACCCAAACACCAAGCGGCACAGUGUCGUCGUGCCGUAUGAAAAAGCACAGGUGGGUGCCGACAGCACUACGCUGUUGUUAAAUUUUAUGUGCAACAGUUCUUGCAUGGGAGGCAUGAACCGGCGUGCCAUUUUGGCCAUCAUCACUUUGGAGACUCUGCAAGGUGACCUCCUCGGACGCCGCUGCUUUGAAGUCCGGGUUUGCGCUUGUCCCGGAAGAGACAGGAAGUCGGAGGAAGAGAACGCGGAGAAAGCUACCAUCCCUAAAAUGAAAUCUAAGAAGGUUGUUGUUCCAGCUCCUCCUCGGAGCAGCUCUUCCGAAAGCGCCAAGAGGUCGGCUGCGGGGUCUUCCAACAACGAGUCCGAAAGCGGACCCUAUAUCCUCCAGAUCCGUGAUCGGAAACACUACCGGAUGCUGAAGGUAAUCCUGGAAGCGCUUGAACUUCGAGAGGAGAAGCUGCAAGGAGAGGAGGAGGAGGCGGAGCCAGAGAUUCACCGCUUGCCAAAGGCAAAACGGAAGCGGCUCCGACUAAAGGAGGAGAACCCGGAUUCAGACUAAGGAUCAAGCCUUUUUUU